ACGGCGUUCGAGUCAGUCUGCGUCCGCCAGUCGUCGCGACGUCCUCGCUUCGUGGUGACUUUUGCGCCGAUUCUAUCCGUCGUUUUCGUAUCCAUCGUGAGCAUCGCCAAUGCUCGGCUCGACGAAUCAUCGAAUUCUACGCGUAGACGCAAUCCUUCGACGCUUUUCUUGAACAGAAACCGUUGCGAAUAAAAUUUGCAGUAUAUCGAAUUAUCGAAUUAUUUCGUCUCUUCGGGGGAAACUACGCCACGCUUUUGUGCAAAAGAAAAGGGGGUCGAUUUGGAUCGCCCUCCGCCUUCCACACAGUUUACCGGUUUAUCGGGAGAAAAUUUAUCGAUCGAUCGAGUGUGAGAUCAAGAGCGAGAAUUAUCGCGCGUUGUGCGAUCGGUAGACACACACACAUAUACAGAGGAGGAAGAGUGUUUUCACAGGAAGGGGAGGAGGAUCGUUCCUCUCGAGGAAGCACAUUGAAUAGUAACGUCGCGAGACGACGACGACGACGUGUCGACGAGGAUUCGCUUCUUGUGCUUGGUAUUUCUCCCUUUUCCACGUCAUUUCACAUCCUCCCUCCCUCCCCCCCUUUUUUUUUCUCGCACCUGUGUUUCGCGCAACCGACUUGCCACCGCGUCGAAAGAUCAACCGAGGAGAGAGAAAGAAUCGAGCAGAAAAAAACACGGAAAUUUUCUCCACCCUUUUUUCCCCUCUCUUUUUCUUUCUCUCUCUCUUUUUUUCUCUUUCUCUAUUUUUUCCUCGACUUCCCCUCUCUUCGAAUCGAGUUUCUUGUGCGCGUCGGUGGAUGGAUCGUCGCCUUUGACAUCCCUCGAUAUCUGCCGGCUAUUGGCGCUCGAGUCGAGUUUGGGAUCGAGGAUUCUCUCUUUAAGACGUAGAUUCGGUCUCGUAGACGGGUUUAUCAGCCGUGCAUGUCCGAGUUCACUGGUAUCGGCGAGUACAGCUGCCACCACCAAUCUCUGUAACACCCGGAAAGCUUACGGCGCGUUGCAGUGGGAAUUUUAAACUGCUGCCCCGGCUGCCCGUUCGAGUGGGCUGGACUUUAGAGCUGGAGGAUAUACAUGGUGAAAGUUUUGGCGAUGAAGAUGAGCAAAGUGGGCAACCAGACCAAUUCGCAGGACCCACAGGCGGUGAAUUCCCGGGUUUUCGUCGGGAAUCUAAACACGUUCCAGUGCAGCAAGACCGAUGUGGAGCGAAUGUUUCAGCGUUACGGCCGUCUGGCAGGAAUAUCUAUGCACAAAGGCUAUGCAUUCGUGCAAUUCACAAAUCCCUUUGAUGCCCGGAGCGCCUGCCUCGGCGAAGAUGGCCGCACCGUUCUUAGCCAGAUACUCGACGUUAACAUGGUGGCCGAGCCGAAACCCCAUCAAACUGGGCGCAAGCGACAGAACGUGACCAAGACUGGCAACGAUUGGGACUACUACUACGACAGUUACUACGCGUCCACCGCUUUUCCACCCCGUUUGGCGCCACCGUUGAAGAGACCCCGGCUGAUGCCACCGGCUCGAUCCCAACAUCCUAAACAACAGAAGCAACAACCCGCCACGAACACGGCAACUGUACCCGAUCUGAAUCAACUUAAAGUGUAUAGCAACCCGGAUAUCCUGAUCUGCGGCAAUUGCAGGGAGAUGUUUACGGAUUUGGGCGAGUUGCUGGAGCACAAGCGGAAUUACUGCAAACUGCGGUUCACAUGUAAAUGUCACACCUUCAAUGGAACAGCCCCAAGAGAUUCUACAACGGCUCUGCUAUGCGUUCUCUGCAAGGUAUCAUUCCCCUCAGCAUGGGAAUUGAUGGUUCACGCCCAGGCAGCUCACAUGAUCAACAUUUACGAGUUGGGAACCCGACCCCAAAGCCCCAGAUCCGCUCCCAGCCCCCCUCAAAGUCCAAGCCAACAUCAGAAGGAAUCAUCACCGUCACCGCAAGAUUUUCAGGAAACCAAAGCAUCAGAUUACGAGGAACGCGCGGAAGAAGAAGAUCUGGAUGGGCACGAAUUAUUGCCCUCCCCUGACAGUGGUAAAUCAACGGACAACGAGGCAGCUUUGUCACCGAUUAAAAUACGAUCUGAUGUAAAUGGACUGGACCACGAAGAAUGCGACGAGUUGAUCCACGUUGAGAAUACUACACAAGCUUGCAUCAUGCACGCCCUCAGCAUUGACUCGUCCUUGGAACUAAACUCUGACACAAACUCGAGGGGAAGUUCUGGCCCAGUCAUGGCGUUGACUAAUGGAUCCUUGUCUGCGAAGGAAUAAGUCGAAGAGGAGAGAGAGGAAAAAAAAAAGAGAAGAAGAAGAAGAAGAAGAAGAAGAAGAAAAUUAGCCAUUGCAACAA